AUGAAAACGCCAAAUGCCUCUCCGGUUUCUAGUCCGUCUCCGAAACCUCGUCAGCACCGAAACCGCGAACCCACUUCACGCUUUCUUCAUUCCACUCACAACUCAACGCCACACUCCUCCGAAUGCCAUUCCCCGCUCCGUCGCAAAUCUUUGAGCCCCGCCAAAAGCCACCGUCCCACGGAGGAGCCAGGCCUCACGCGCCACCAACUAUGGCCUUCCUCUGCCACCACCAAGCGAAAUUCCGGCACCCUCGCGGACCACAUCACCCAAGACAGAAUCAUAGACCACACCAACGGUUCCACAAGACACGUGGCAACAACAACGGCAGAAUCACCAUCUUCUUCUAAGAAAUCCUAUAGCAUUGUUCCGGGAAGAUUGUCAUUUGAUGAGAACGCUAAACCCUUCUCCUCGCGGAGAAACUCUCUUGAAUCAAAACCUGACGCCGAGAGAAAAGGAAGGGCUCGGAGAGGAACUUCGGAUUCCGACGUGGCGAACUUGAACGGUGGCGAUUCCUCCGUUUUGAAAAGGUUCACGCUGAGAACUGGAUCGUACAAGAGUUCCAAGUCUUGGUGGGCUUUGUCUCCGGGGAGGUCCGGGUCACCGGCUAUGUCGGUUGAGAGCAUGGAUAAACCGUUGUCGUUUUCGAGCUUCAAGCACCAACCCACAAGUCCUACCAAGGCCAAAGGGUUUCUCAACAUGGGUUUUGAUCUCUUCAAGGGUAAGAAAAGUGGGGUUACCUCUUCGCCAAAUAUUGCUUUUGGAGUUUAUAACUCCGAGGUUGCUCAUAACCUUCGCUUGCUUGAUAAUCGUUUCAUACAAUGGCGGUUUGCUAAUGCUAGGGCACACGUUGUCAGUGCAAACAUUUCUCACAAGGCUCAGAGCAAUUUGAUAUAUGUUUGGGAUGGUCUUACAAAGUUACGGCACUCUGUUCUGAAAAAGAAGAUACAGUUUGUCAGAGAGAAACUUCAAAUGAAAAUCGCUUUUGUACUGUAUUCUCAAAUGAAACUAUUGGAAGCUUGGGGUGGUUUGGAAAGGCAACACUUACAAGCAAUUACUUCCAUCAAGGAGUGUUUGCAUUCGGUUGUUUCCAGGGUUCCUCUUUUGGAAGGUGCUAGGGUGAACAUGCAAUCAACAUCCAUUGUUCUACGCCAUGCAUCUGAUCUCACAGCUUCAAUCAAGUCAAUUUUAAUUACAUUUUCAUCUUCAGAGGUUGAUAAGAUUGCUGCAAUGCUAUCAGAAUUAGCUAAAAUUGUUGCACGAGAGAAACAACUGUUAGAAGAGUUCUACGAUCUUUUCCAGACCUUAUAUGUCUUUGAGCUUCAAGAAAAAAGUGUUAAGUGCAAUCUCGUUCAACUUGAAGGUUGGCAACAAAAAUAUCAACUGCAGCAAUUACCACCGGAUAUUUCUAUUUAGAUGAUGGAUAUUCAGAGAAAUACAAGUGUUGAUUAAUUGACGAAUUUUGCUAAUAUUGCAAUUGCAACUGUUUACAUGGUCCCCGAAACUAUAAUUGUUAUUCUUUUAACAAGCCUGUACCAUUAGUUUACAUGUUAUAAUGUCACUUCGCGGUAGCAAAU